AUGCCGGUCGAGAAAAAGACCGAGUACUGGGAGAAGAAGCACGAGGAGUUUGCCACGAAGAUGUUGAACAAUAUAUACGAAUUGAGAGGAUGGUGGGUGAAGGUAGGGCAGUUCCUAAGCACGCAGGAAAAUAUCAUGCCCGUGGCAUACAUCGAGAAGUUUACAAAGCUGCAGGAUAUGAUGCCCACCUCUUCUUUCGACAAGAUAGAAGUCAUUCUUAAGAAGGAAUUGGGAAACAUCUAUGACAUAUUCGAGCACAUUGAAAAGGAGCCGCUAGCUAGCGCAUCGAUAGGACAAGUACAUCGAGCCAAAUUAAGGAAGCAUGAACAUUAUGCCAUUCAGGAUAAAGUGGAGAAAAAAAAUGACUACAACGUGAUUAUAAAAAUUCAGCAUGAAGGAAUUGAUCAAUUUCUUUCCUCCGAUAUAAAUACCUUGAAAAAAGUAUCCUGGGCAUUUGGUCUUAUAGACAAAAAUUUUUAUUUCACAGAUUUCAUUGAUGAAUGGCAAGACUCGGCCUCGAGAGAAUUAAAUUACAAAUACGAAUUAUAUCAUCAGUUAUUAGCUUAUAAUACUUUUAAAAAAUCUGGUAUUCCUUUAAAAAUACCUCAAAUAUAUUGCGCCUACACAACCUCCAAAGUUCUCGUCAUGGAAUACAUCAAGGGGUUUAAGAUAACUGACACGAAUAUGAUUAAGAAGUAUAAAGUGAAUGCAUAUGACUUGGUUUAUAAAAUUAUCGAUUAUUUUGCUUAUCAAAUUCAUAAUGAUGGUUUUUUUCAUGGAGAUCCUCACCCAGGAAAUAUUCUCGUAAUGAUGCAGGAGAAAGGGCGAAGGAGGAAAAGGAGGAGGAGAAGGCGCUCAAAAAAGGGGGGAAAUCCUGCACAGGGAGGUGAAAAGCCUAUUCCAGAAGCACUAUUCCCCACAGAUGGAAAGAAGGAAAAUAUUUUCAGUACAACGGGGAACACAUCGAACGCGUCUAACUUCUCCUGGAAUAUGUCUAACGCGUUCAAGACACCCAAUCAGUCCAACGCGCCAAACGCUUCGAACGCGUCGAGCGCCUCCAUGGAAGACUUCGUAGAUGCCAGGUACAACAUCGAUAGGAUGAAAUGCGAACCGGUGAGUUCUGUCAAUCCCUUUUAUAAAUCCUUUAGCUUUGUGGACUACACGAAUAACAAAAAUCAAGAAAUAUCUGACCAGGUAUUGAAGGAAGACUAUGAUUUCAUCCUUAAUGAAAAUGUCAGCGACGGAGUGAGCACCAUCCGGAAGAGCAUCUCCAAGUCCGAGGAGUGCGUGUCGUAUGGAAACUCCAGGAGGGACGACUUCUUGCUGGUGCCAAGUGCUACUACUCCAGGGGAGGAAUGUUCAACUAAGUUGGUUGACAAUGAGAAUAACUCGCUGCACACGCAGGGAAAUCUGUUCGAGGGGGGUGAAGUCCGACCAGGGGACGAAGUGGACAAAAAAGGGACCGAGGCGCAGGGUAGGGAAGCAGCACUGCAGGGUAGCGAAGGAGCACGGCAGGAAGCCUCAUCGCAGGUGCAGCCCGCACCCGCAGGAGGAUGCAGACGGAAGAAGAGGCGCACCUACUCCUUCGUGCCCGUGAUCAUCGACUGGGGGCUCAUUAAACAGCUGGACAGCGUGAUGAAGUUGGCCUUUUGCAAACUGGUGUACAGCGUUAGCUGCAUGAAUGUGCUGAACAUCAUCGAGGCGUUUGAGGACAUGGGCUUUUGCUUUAAGGAGGACUUCACAUACGACCCAGAAAUAUACAUUGAAAAUUUAAAGCGUUUUUUUUUAAAAAAAUUGGAGGAGUCCAGCAACAAAAUGAGUGAAGGGGGCGGCAUCGGUGGGACUGCAGGAGGAUCAGGAGCAGAUGACGAAAAUGCAAAUGGUCCAGACGCAACAGGGACAAAUACAAAUUUAGAUGUUCUUAAAAAUAUGGACAAGAAGGAAGUCCUAGACCAAAACCCAAUUAGUGAUGUUCCAAAGGAUAUAAUUUUUUUCAUGAGAGUAGCUUCUUUGCUCCAUGGAUUAUGUACCCAAAUGAAUGUCAACAUAAAUUACCUAAGCAUAUUUUCAAGGCGAGCUAAAGAAGCCCUUGAAAAAGUAUACAAGCCGAUUCACCAUUCCAUUUAUACGAUCCCGAUUGAUAAAACUCCCAAUUCGUUUCUUGAAAAGAGAAUACAUAAUUUGCUUAAGAAACUGUAUGAGGAGAAGAAAAUUUUGGGGUGCCAGGUAGCUAUUAUACACAAGAAAAAAAUAGUCGUGGACACUUGUGUAGGGGUCACCAGCACAACGGACAAAAGACCCAUAACGAGACACUCCUUAUUCAAUGGCUACUCCUUAAACAAAGCAAUUAUCACCAUCGCCUUGAUACAUCUUAUGUCGAAUUUGGUAAAUGAACAGCACUCUUCGGAGAACGUCCUCUUAAAUUUGAGCAAAAAGGAUAAUACGAAGGAAAACCAACAGGCGGAGGGGAUAGCUAAUUUGAGUACGGUGCGUAAGGCUAAAGAGGACGCGGCCCCUGCAGGGGAGAGUGACCAAUGGAAAGACGCCCAGCACACACAGGAUGUGCAGAACAAGUGCGUCAAUGAUAUGCCCAGCGAUAUUAGCAAAAUUGAAAAUGAUUAUUUUUUACCUGUUAAGAAAGCGGACGUGCAGGUGGAAGAGGCCCGUGUUGGGGAUCUCUCGAGUGCGCCCAUGACAAGGUAUAGCAGCAUCUACGGGGUGAAGAAGAAUACGCGUCGAUACUGCAGCAGCUACGAGCACACGUUUAGCAGCGAUGAGGAGGAUGGAAAGGAAGAAAAGACGGCGCAGACAGCAUCUCAACGCGACGCUGCGAUUUCCCCGCGAACCCCCCCUUUGGAGGCAAGCAACGAAGUCUAUGCCGGACACAACCGUGAAUUCUACGAAAAAAUCAUAAGCGAUAUAGAAGCCAGGCAAAUAAAAAACUUCAAGAGUACCAUCAACGAGUAUAUAUGUAACUACUGGGACGGAUUCAUAUGCAAAAAUAAAAAGAGCAUCACCAUAAAGGAUGUGCUAACCUUGAAGUGUUUCAUUAAAAAACCAUUUCAGGAUAAAAUCACUUUAAGUAAAUUCAUAGACUAUAAUGAAAUGAUAAAAAUGAUAGAGAGCUCUCGCAACUGUCACAUGAAAAGGAAGUCGAGGAAGCACGGAUUCUACCUCUACCUAAUCGACACCUACAUUAUCUCUGAACUUAUAAACAACAUUUCUGGUCUCAAGUAUUAUGAGUAUAUUUACAAGUAUAUUAUUAAGCCGCUCAAUUUGAAGGACGAAAUGUACAUCCCCGUUCCCUCAUACAUUUUGAAAAAACACCAGGAGGAAAUGAAGAAAAGCAAAACUGCAAGCGACUCUUCUGGGGUGAAUGAAAAGGGAAAAAAAAAUAACUACAAGGAAAGUAAGACAAGUCUAAAGAAGGAAUCUUCCAACCACCUCAAAAGCAAUGAAUUAAAUUUAAACUCAUUUAUGUCGAAGAAGAAGAAUAAAAAAUUAAACAGCGCUUCAAAUUAUGGGCUCCAAUUUCACCAAGGGCAAAAUAUAAGCCCGUCCAACAGUAACUAUAAUAAUAAGCCUUUCCAGAAUAGCACUUUUAUGAACAAACUGUGGAACAGAAAAUUUAGGUCCCCAUUGGAAGAAGUGCAAAUUAAGACGCGCUCCAUAAGUGUCGACGUGUACUAUUCUUCUAGGGGCAGGAACGCCGGUGCCGAGGCCACCUCUCCGAAAGGGGCAAAGAAUGUGCGUGACACGGUCAAGGGGAAGGAGGUUAGCGGGGAGGCGGUUAGUGGUGAGGUGACUGUCGGUGAGGUGAUUAGCGGUGAGGAGGCGAAGGAUGAGGUGGUUAACGGUGAAGUGGUUAACGUUGAGGCGGUUAGCGGAGAGGUGGCUGGCGGUGAGGAAAGGCAGGCGGAAGCAGAAGCCAACGGGGGGGGCACCAACACGGAUGACGCAGCCCCAAUGAACGUCCUCCUAAAUAAUAAAAAAAUCGCCGAGUUGGUGGGCGGAGUGAAGUUCGACCCCACCAGCAUGCUAGAAAGCAACCUAAAAGCAAAGGAACCCUUGAGCCUGAAAAACAAGCUGCUAAAUCAUGUAGACAAUCUCAAAUUCAAAACGAAAAAAAUUAACGACUCGAUUAAAAAUAUAUACGAAAGUAAUGAGAACACAUUUUUAAAAAAUCUUUUUAUAACUCCAUUGAAGAAAUCUGAAAAUGACAACGGCCCCUUCUCAUAUGACUACCCCAGUGUCGAGCUUAGUUACAUGUACGACAGAAGGUUGGGUAGUUAUACAAGGAAAAGAAAUUAUCAAAAUUACCCAUACGGUGCACACAAUUAUUAUUAUAAUGAAUUUGCUGGAGAAGACAUAAAACAAAAUAAAAUGGAAAAAAAAUGGAAUAUAAAAAAUAUUAACAAAAUUACUUCAAACUGUCGAUUCUCAGAAAAAAAUAAAAAAGAUUUUUUGUUUGUGCGAUCAAAUGACGAGAGAAACAAGCGUUCGCAUAGCUGCACAAAUUAUAAGUUAGUCCAAUACAAUAUAAACAAGUACACACAUCGUGAUGAGGAUGGAAAUAAAUUACCCUAUUCGAACAACUCCAAUGGUAUUGUGUUUAAGUACCAGAAAGAUACAAAUGAAUAUCUCUUCGAUUACAAUAUUCAUUUUUUUUCGGAGAAUUUUUUUAAUACAGUACCUGAAGGAAGCAAUAAAAAAAAUGAACCCAAUGAUCCCAAUAGUCCGUCUUACAAUUUAGAGGAAAGGAGCCGCUUAUACAAAUUAACGUUCGACGAAAAUAUAAAAACGCUGCUCGAAAAUGUAGACGCGAAAAGCAGCGGUGAAGAGUCCGCCAACAGUGUCCUGAAGGAGAAGUAUAAUAAAUAUCACAGACGGGAUAAGAAGUACCGGAAGUUGUUUCAAUAUAUAAAAGAUUUGAGAAUGAGCAUACGAGAAAGGGAGAGGAAGAUGAGGGAAGCCAGCAACGCCUUGGUGUGCACUUCUCAGGGGGAUCCGGGCGAUAGUGCUGUCAGAAUAGGUAGCGAAAGCAGCACGGAAAGUGCUGCAUUGACUGUGAGAAAUGCAAGCUCUGUGAAGAACGAGAGUUUUGUGAAAAACGCCAGCUCCAUCAAGAAUGCCAGUUUUGUAAAAAACGCGAGCUCUAUAAAGAACGCGAGCAUGCUGAACAGCCACAACAGUUUCAAAAGGGAAGGAGCACCCCCAGAAAUGAACCAAGACUUCCUCAAGAGUGUCAUAAAAAAGGACGAGAAGCUUCUAAAAAAACUAAUCGACUACAAGUACGCCAUACUGAAGAAGCAAAGAAACAACAUUUUGAAAAGAAAAAACAAAAAGAACAUUUACAUGAAUGAAUACUCAGACGAGAUUGAGAUGUUUAGUGACAGUGAAGAAGAUUCACGUGGCUGCAGAAGGAGAGGAAAUAAAAAGGGAAAAGGUAUUCGCAAAGUAAUCCGCAAGGGAAACGGAAAAGACAAAGGGCAGGACCAGCAAACAGAUGCAGAUGCAGUCUCGCCUGAGAAUAGCGGGUGCGAAAUGGAAGAAAGAAAACUCAUAGACGAGAAGAAGCACAGACUGGAAACCUACUUAGUGAUGAACAAGUUAUAUAAAAAAAACAACAAGGGUUUCAUAUCCGCAGAGAACCACACCAUUAAUAAGAGGACGGAUGUGUACUGGCGCUUGGCAUAUUCUAAAAGAGACAUGAACUUCAUGGGCGACCUUGAGCAUGAAGACGUAAAUAGCACGUUCGAUUCUAUUUUGAAGCCAAACGUGAAGACGAAAAGAAAUGGAAGCGGUGACACAAAUGGAUGGGGAGGGAAGGCUGGCAGCGCAGAGGGUUCCACUGGUGUAAAUAAUGUUAGUGGUACGAAGGGUGCAAACACGACAAACAUGACUACCCCUACCAACGUCACUAACUCCACCAGUGGCACCACCACAGGAUGUAACUCCAAUCUGGAAAACAAACUGAAAACCUACCUAGAGAGCUUCACUGCGCAGCAGUACAACGAAUACAUUACCCUAUUUGAGUUAGCCCAGGCAAAGCCGUACGUAGUAGACCCCCUAAUUUACGACUCCAAAAAAAUCCUAGACAAAUAUAUCCCCAUUAAUGGACGGUUUACCGCUAGGGCUAUGUGCAAAAUAAUGGCCUUUGCAAAUAAUAAAUUUUUUUUUCCUUCUUAUAUUAUGAACAAAAUGAGGAAAAUAUAUACGCUGGAUGAAAGCAUAGAAUCUAUGAUCCUAACUGGGGGGAUGAGCAGGAAAUGGGGCAUGGGCUUUCAGCUAUUCGAGUGCGAAUACACAGAAGCUAUCAAUGAGGAUUUUUACCUGCGCAGGGGUAGGAAGAGCAAGGGGAAAAACGCCAACAAGGAAAAGACUGACAAAUGUGGCAAGGCAGGCAAAAAGGGAAAAAUGGGUCAUGGCAAAAUGCAUAAUAAUAAAAUCCCCCCUGCCAAGCCUAAGCGAAUUGUUGGGUACGGACAAUCCGACUGCAGCGGGUGCCUCGCCAUUUCCUUUCCCGAAAUUGACCUAUCGCUAACCAUUCUGCUUACUGACAUUUUUAAGGGGGCAACGGUUGCCCAUAUGAUCCUGGAGUACGUGCUCAAGCUGUACGGCAUAAAGCCCAAGUGGAAGCUGCCAGUGAAGGUGUCGGAACUGAUAAAGGUUUUGUAG